AUGUCAGCGAUCUUCUCCAGUACAGAUGAUUCAGUGAUCCGGAUUCUUCUGAUGGGCAGAAACGCUUCUGGGAAAAGCUCAUCUGGAAAUAAGAUACUGGGACAAAAGAGGUUUAAAGUUCACAUACAACAGAAAAAGAAUGAAGUUGAAGAUGAAUUUGGUGAAGUUUGUGAGGGCCAUACACAGAUCUGUGGGAAGCAGGUGCAUGUGAUUGAUUGUCCGGAUCUACUGGAUCCAAAUCUGAAUAAAGAGCAGCUGGAGAUGUUGAAAGAGCAGCUAGUCUCUCGAUGUUCAGAAGGUCUCAGUUCAGUUCUGCUCACUGUUCCUCUAGUGAAAAAUGUGGAAAAUGAAGAAGAGAUUUUGGCUUUUCUUCGAUAUUUACUAGGACCUCAUAUUCAGAAAUACAUCAUGAUUCUGUUCACACAUGAAGAUGAACUGGAGGAUCUGGAUGAAACCAUUGAUGAACAUUUAAAAAACCAUGAAGAUCUCCAGCAACUGGUGACUGAAUGUGGAAGAAGGUUUUACUGUUUCAAUAACAAGUGUAAAUCAGACAAUCAGAAACAAGAACUACUGCAGAAGAUUGAAGAAAUGAUAAUUGAGAACAGACGGAAAUUUACCAUGGAACAAAUGAAGAGGAGUGACAGCAAAGACACUUUUAUCAAUUUUUCAGGAGACAGUUCAACAGAAGUUUCAAAUGAGCAUCAUCAGAUGCCUGAGAGGAAAGAUCUCAGGUUGGUUCUGCUGGGAAAAACUGGAGUUGGGAAAAGUGCCACUGGAAACACCAUCAUCGGCAGAAACGUGUUUGAAUCCUUCUCUAGUUCAAACUCUCAGACGAAACAAUGCCAGUCUGAAACUACAGUGAGGAUCAGUAAAGAGAUCUCGGUGAUCGACACGCCUGGACUUUACGAUACUGAACUCAAUAAUGAAAAGGUUCAAAAUGAAAUAGUGAAAUGCAUAACAUAUGCCUCUCCAGGACCACAUGCUUUUAUUAUCGUCAUUAAAGUGGAUCGAUUCACUGAGGAAAAUAAAAAAGCAGUGGAGCAACUCAAAGAAGUGUUUGGUGAACAAAUGGAAAAAUACACCAUGAUUCUCUUCACUUACAAAGAUCAGUUAGAGAAACAAAAGAAAUCCAUUGAGCAGUUUCUACAGGAAAGUGAACCAGUUCUUAAGAAACUCGUACAGAGUUGUGGAAACCGAUUCUUCUGUCUGGACAACAACUCUGCCAGUUAUCCACAGUUUAAGUAUCUGAUCGAAAAAAUAGAGAUGAUGGUGCAGGAAAAUGGAGGAAUGCACUUCACCAAUGACAUGUUUGAUGAAACAGAGAAACAAAUUCAGGAGAUUCAGAAGCAAAACUUGGAUAAGAAAGUGAAGCAGUUCAAACAGAAGCAUAAACAGUGCAAUCAAACAGAAUGGCAGAAAAUAUACUGGCGUUUAGUAGACGAGUCACGACAUGAAGCUGAGCAGUCAUUUUCUGAUGCAUGCAUAGCAGCUGUAGCCCAACUUCUGAAGAAAGUGGUAGUGACGCCUGAGGAGAAAGAGAGUGUGUUGAAGGAAGCUGAGAGCAAAGGAAUCAGUCGUACAGAAGCCAUUCGACUUGCAAUCAGAGCCACACGGAAACUAGCAAGGCAGACCAUGUGUGGAGUUCAGUGAGAAACAACAAAACAAUGAGUUUAUCUA